GAUGUUCUCAAUGUUCCGUAGUCUGGAGCUGAAAAUCACACUGGACGUAGCCUAAGUAGCGCCCAGAGCCCAAUUCAACGCUGUGUCCAUCCCCGCGCGCGCGCUGACGCUUAAAAGCGCAUCAUCACUCCGCCAGUCUCAAUUCUCAAUUCUCUCUCCCUCUCUCGUGCCUGCACAUUGUUCACUGACAGUCCGCUGAAGAGUGUGGAGUGGAACUGUCUGCUUCGCUUCGCAUGGGAAACUUGCUGAAACUACAAAUUAUGACACGCAGUAUGCCGGAGUUCGCGUUAAGAUGAAAUUCAUUUGUAAACAAUAAGUGAGUUGUUACACAUCUAAAAGGCUUUCCAAAGACUCCUUAUGUCUCUACGUGGAAGAACGGGCGAACAAGGAGGUGUUCGUUUUUACCUGGGAACAGGUAGUACUAUAGGGAAACUGAGUGUAAAAAAAGUAUGCACGGUUAAUUACACAUCUGGAAGUCAGAGGGAUAAGGAGAUAAACAGAUUUGUUCGGUAGCAGCUGCGUGUCAGAGAGGGUGAAAGCAAAAAAGGGGAAAGACAAUAAAGGAAAGACAAAUGCUUGAUCCUGACUGAAGAGAACAGUGGGAAUAAAGCCCAUCUCUCAAUCCUAUUCUAUUAUCCUCAGAUCUAAAAUGAACGAAACACUGGACCUGAACUUUACCCUUGUGAACGAUGGGAACUGGACUUUUAUCAACGGCUCCAAUGAGUUCUAUUUACCUCAGAACAACAUUACAUAUGUUGGAUAUUACCUGCAUCAGCCAUCUGUAGCAGCAGUCUUUAUAGUGUCCUACCUGCUCAUAUUCCUGGUCUGCAUGGUUGGAAAUGGAGUGGUGUGCUUUAUUGUGUUACGGAGCAAAAACAUGCGCACCGUCACCAACCUUUUCAUCCUUAACCUCGCCAUCAGUGACCUUCUUGUUGGGAUUUUCUGCAUGCCUACAACUCUUCUUGACAACAUUAUUACAGGUUGGCCAUUUGGAAGCAUGGUCUGCAAAAUGAGCGGUAUGGUCCAGGGCAUAUCAGUCGCAGCCUCCGUUUUCACCUUGGUUGCCAUAGCGGUUGACAGAUUCAGAUGUAUUGUGUAUCCCUUCAAGCAAAAAUUGACAAUAACAACAGCCACCGUUAUCAUUGUGAUAAUCUGGGUCUUGGCAGUGUCCAUCAUGUUUCCCUCUGGCAUCAUGCUUAAGGUGACUAAAGAACAAAGUAUCCGCGUGUUCCUGGGAGACGGCAACCGAACGAGCCCUUUCUACUGGUGCAGAGAAAACUGGCCUACCCAGGAGAUGAGGAAGAUCUACACCACCGUCCUGUUUGCCAACAUCUACCUGGCUCCUCUAUCCCUCAUAGUGAUCAUGUACGCAAGGAUUGGGAUCACUCUGUUUAAAACGGCCAUGCCGGCAGGGGCCAAACCUGGCCAUGAUAACCGCCACUCUGUGUCAAAGAAAAAACAAAGAGUGAUCAAAAUGCUCCUCAUCGUGGCCUUGCUCUUCAGCUUGUCCUGGUUGCCUUUGUGGACGCUGAUGAUGCUAACAGACUACAUGAAGCUUACUGAACAUCAGUACAGGCUUAUUAACAUCUACAUCUACCCGUUUGCCCACUGGCUAGCCUUUUUCAACAGCAGCGUCAACCCGAUAAUCUACGGGUUCUUCAAUGAGAACUUCCGCCGCGGAUUCCAGGCCGUGUUUAAGUUCGGCCUCUGUCCUGUCGGCGGUCAGCAUCGGACCUAUUCUCAUAGGGUGCAGGGCAAUUCAGUGCAACCGGUGAACCCGCAACCCUCCACAGAGCCCAUCUCUCUUAACAGCAUAGAGAACAACAGCUCGAGGAGGAUGAACCACGUCAAUGAGCAAGACUUAGUGAUGGAAGAUUUAGAGAAAGUGUCUGAAUGCAGUAUGGAAGGAGCUUCUCUUUAAGCAGCCCAAUAGAGAGGAACAGUAUGAUAGCAGGCUCAUUGCAUCUGAAAUUACAGACUAUUAUUUACUUAAAUUUUUUAACAUUAUACAGUUGUGUAUAAAAUGGAUUCUACACAUUUUUAUUUGAAUAGUCAUUUGCUGCUAACAUGAAUGUACUUACUGAUUUUCUCAGAUUUGAUUGGGCACAUCUGGCAGUUCAACUGUAGUCUUGCAAACUUUUCAAUCUGUAAAGAUAAAUUCAGUUUAAAAACCUGUAACAUUAUUGUAAAAUUGUAUAUAUACAAAGAGUCAUUAUGUGCAUUCAGUACUGUACAGUGAUGUAAACAUCUGGUGUUUUAGAGUACAUCAUUUUAUUUAUUGAUUUAUUUUUAUAUGCACAUGAAAGUAUCAGAACUGCCAUAAUCCAGAAUCAUUCAUUGUUUCUGGAUUACAAUGUAGAAUUUUAGGCACAGCACUUGUAUCUUAAUAUUAACAUUAAACCUUCAUACCUCAUCUUUGACAGAUCCUUCGUAACGCUGGAAUAAUUUCAGUGGGAGGGUUUUAUGGACCAUAUUUGUUAAAGGGAUAGUUCACCCAAAAAUGAAAAUUUUGUCAUUAAUUACUCACCCUCACAUCGUUCAAAACCUGUAAGACCUUCAUUCAUCUUCGGAACACAAAUUAAGAUAUUUUUGAUGAAAUCUGAGAGCUUUCUGACCCUGCAUAGACAGCAACGCAACUACCAUGUACUACUUUUCUGGGCCUUGAAUGUUUCAGCUGUGUUGCUGUCUAUUUGGGCUGUCCCCUAAUAGCUGACUAACUAUUAGUUGACGAGAAGAGGCCUGGUCGACCAAAACUUAUUAGUCGCUUAGUCGCAGAAAAAAAAAACACACAGGAAGUGGGGAAGUCACGCAGUUAAUGACGCACAAGAUCAUAACCACUGGUCUAUGUGGUAAUGUAGUACAUCGGGCAGAACAUCAAAACACUCACCUAUCAUUCAUCAACCACAAAUAGGGCUUUUCAUCUGAAACAUGUAAGUAGCAGCAACUUUACAUGACUGCUCAAUCUAAUGCUAACCUAAAAAAAUGUGCAUUAUUUAAUUGUCUGUGCGGAGUGUGGAAGAUUUUACUGCGCGUUUGCUGCAUGACAGAUGGAGGCGCCGGUGUGGUCACUUGCUCUUAAAAUAUUUGGUCAUAAAGUUAAAAGUAAUACAUCUUGCGAAUCUGUAAAGUCUCUAUAUUUAUUUGUGUGCACUCAGAAUAACAACGAAACGUUGCGCCUUUGUAAAAUAAUGAAAGCAAACAGGAUGCGCUUUCUGCCGUCUUAGUCUCUGUGAACUUGAGCACGAAACUACGAAACUCUGUGUAUACUUGCCUUACAGACAUAAAAAAUAUAUCUGUUAAAUGAAUCAAUUCCUCCAAUGCCUUCUUACUGUUUUUCCUGACACAUUCAUAAUUACUAUAUCUGCCAGUACACUGUGGCAAGCUUUUUUGUGUGCGUACGAGCGCUUGUUAGGCUAUGUAGGCAAUUAAAGGCUCAUUAUUAUGAUUUAUAUGGUUUAUUAAUAAACGUGCGACUAAUAGUCGACUAAUGCUUCAAAUGAAUGACUACUAGUCAACCAGAAAAAUCUUUAGUCGAGGACAGCCUUACUGUCUAUGCAGGGCCAGAAAGCUCUCGGAUUUCAUCAAAAAUAUGAAUAUUUGUCUUUCUGAAGAAGAACAAAGGUCUUACGGGUUUGGUAUGACAUGACGGUGAGUAAUUAAUGACAGAAAUUUCAUUUUGGGCAAACCAUCCCUUCAACUCGUGCCAAAACAGGGUAAAAUGAGCCAUGACAGAGAUUAAUCUUGAUUGUUUGCCAUUGCCACAGAUAGCAGAACGUAAUAGUCAUAGUAACUCACACUGGCCUUUCUGCCCUGUGUGUCAGUGUUGACUGACAGAUGCUCUUAGCUGAAGGCUUUGUAUGGCAACAAGAGUUUUUGAUGCACAUGAGUCUGGAUGUAGCACUGUGAUUCACUUGCCUAAAGCUGAUGUGUUCUUCGAACAUGCUUUCCUCAAGUUUGUUUUGUGCCAAAACCAUUCAUAAAGUAAUUAUUCAUUACUUUUUUUUUACCUUCUCCUUUCGCAUGUUGAAUAACUUCUGGGUUUCCUGCCACUACCCCAUCCUUCAGCCUGCAUUAUUUUGUGACAGCUUCGCAAAAUGUGAAUUGUUGUCAUGAAACUGUUAAAGUGAGACUGCAGAGAGUUUAAAGAUAAACACAGCUCUCUUUUGAGAUCCUUCAGCGGUGACAGCACAAGGUUUGGAAAUGAUUGUGUGUCUGUUCUGUUUUGUACUUGUUACUUGCAGUGAUUCAGCUGAACCUAUGUUGAUGUAUUCAUCUGACAUCAGAAAGUUCAGUUUCAAGACUUUUUUUUAAGUAGUAAGUCUUAAAAAUAAAUAUUUUUAAACUGGGAAGAAAAUUCUGGAAGUUCUACUCUAGUUUCAGAAUAUAUGUCAGCGUUGAUUUCAGUGAAUGAACGAAUGUCCUACAUCCACUGUGAAUGGCAGCAAAAAUCUUUUCUCUCCCGUAAAUAGAGCAAACCAUUUCCAUUUACCAGACUAUUUUGAUUCAAAUUGUGUGACGGGAGUUUGCUGGAUUACUUAUUUGAGCCAUCAAAGAUGUUCAAGAAAACCAACAUGCAGAGCAUUUGUUCUCAAGUAAUUCCAGCGCCUGUUGUCGACUGUAGAUUAAAUCUAUCAUCAGUCAGCGCUGUGUUUUUGUGAUUAUCAUAGCAGAUGGGAGAUGAGUAUGUUAAUUCUGCCCUCUUCUUGACAGCAGACGCUACAUAAACCAAUGCAAUCUCAACAUGAUUAAGGCAGCAGCACCACUGACACCACUGUAAAGUGAGAUCGAAAAUUAGCCAAAAGUGCGUGUUAGAAGGAUGUUAAUAAAAAAAAGAAAAAGCCUGUGAUUACAAGGUGACUCUGACUUUAUGGACUCCAGAUGUGUCACACACUCUUGAAGGGUUUGCCAAGGACACACUUCUUGAAGAAACAUUUCUUUUUAAUCUCUGUUUAUUGCACAUAAACUCAGAGUACUUACUGUGGAAUUGUUCAUUUCUGUAUUUCUAAUGAUGUAUUAGCAAAAGCAAUGCCGUAAACUUUGUCUGUAUUUAAGGCUUUGUGAAUCUUGUUAUAUGAGUGUUGGCUACAUGCUAAUAGUGAGUACAGUUGUUUCAAACGUGAUUGUGACUGACUCAUUUUGAUUUUAUAAACACCUUGCAACAAAUAGUAAAGCAAUCUGUGUUCAGGGUUACAUUUUUUUUUAUCUCAAAACUAACUGAAUAUGGAUUAAAAAGGGUCUGACCUUCAGAGUGCUGUUCAUGUUGUGAAGAUCCCAUCAUGCUUUGGUGUAGAUUAAUAAAGCAGUGUAACAAUUGCUUUUUUUGAUUUGAUUUGAUUUUUUUAUUUAUUUUUUUAUUUUACAUCAUUACAUCAGACACAGCUUCAAAGGUCCCUCACUGGUGCAUCAUGUAACAACACUGGAAUGCCUUUUAUGCUUUUUGGGUUUGAGUCAAUGGCGCGUCACAUCAGACAUCACUGAUUCUGUCACCGUUUCCUUAUCCUGAAUGGAAAAAAUGAUGCAAUUCAUUCUGUAAAGGUGCAAGAUACCUGCCACAAACCUCUAGACUUUGUAUGUCUUGAAGUGUAGAGCGUUACAAUGAAAGGCGAGAUUUGUCUGAUCACACUGCAAUCUGAUUCAUCACGGAUCUAUUCACACUGAACUUUCUGCUGUCUUUUCUUCUGUAACCAAUGAGGAAGAAGAGAUCUGCUUUUGGUAAUGUAAUCAGGCAUCUCCUGGCCCCGGGCCUGGCUCCAGCAGUGCCUCUGACGUUGCUGGAAAUAGGACAAUUCUGGCAAUGAUUUGACCUGCUGUGCUUUCAGUCUCUGUGAAUGCAUAGUGCUGGUGCAAAUCUAGUGACGUGCACGAGUAUGAUGUUCCGAGUAGCGAGCCAAAAAACUGUCAGAAAGCGUAAAAUCACAAAGUAUGAGGAGGGGGUUGAAGCGGAUGAUGAUUUCAUUCAGGUCAAAGCUGAGGAACUUGAGAAAUGACUCAUCAUGAUUACUAUUUUAAUGUGAUGUGCUAGUGAUGUACACGUGAUGUAGACAACUCCGAGUGCCACUGAGGCAGGACAUUUGUCGUGAUCCGGUCACUGACCUUAACGGCAUGUGUAAACAUUUUCAUCAUGUGCUAGAUGAUAGUAAAACAUGUUGGCUGGAAUGAUAGUGCUGCUGAAACAGACAUCAUUCAUACAGAAGUGUAGUUGUGGCAAAGUUUUAAAACUGAGGAAAGUGAAUAAAUCAAAAUGACUGUAUUUAUAUUGUUAUGUUUGUUUCCAGUGAUCACUGUCAUUUGUCAGAGUCCAAGGUUUGUGAGUUUCAGAAUGAUGUAAUAAAAAUAUCAUGUGCUCAGGGUAAUAAAUCAAUGUGAAAGGGCUUGAAUACAAGUCUGUUCUUCAUUUGCCUCUGUGUUUUGAGGGUCUGAGGUGAUGCUUCUUUUUUGUCCGGACCAAUUCAUUUUGUUAAUAUAUUAAAAUGCCAGUAAUACGUACAAUGAUUUGAAUACACCUCUUCUAUUAUGAGCAUGUUUUUAAUUUCUGAAUUUAAAUUCUAAAUUUUGGGGGCAUGAAGUAAAAAAAUGUCAAGGUGAUAUAACUGUUCUAAAAUCAUA